UAUUUUAAGGUUUUAAUAGCUAGGUUUUUCUACUGACUGUUUAUUACAAGACUGAUGGUGAAACAAGGUUAAGCAAACACGAUCUUACAUCCUUACAUAUUUAUUGAGGCAAAAUCUGAGUUAUCUUAAACUUUGACAAUUUAUUGGAUUUGAAGACAAAUGGUCUCCUUGUUAUUAUCAGCACCACAUUGUUCUCCCUCUGUUGGACAUGUAACUUCAGUAAAGUGAAGUGUGCCAACUUCUAUAACUAGAUGCUCUUAUUUAUGUGCAUGGAGCCCAUUACAAAGAGAGCACCUGCUUCAGUCGAGAUCUCAACAUGUGCCCGAUCUGUCCUCAAUCAGCCAGAAGCACACAGGAAGAAUUUCACACCGUUAUCUUUAUACUCAAGGGCAAAUUGAAAGAAAAAUAAGUCACAAAGGACAAGGUAAAGGUAUAUCCUUUUGUUAACUGAUUGGUGCCAACAGUUUAGUAGUCACAUUGUUUUUAUGAAGAUCAAACCACUUUAUACACACAAACCAAAUUACUGAAAAAAUUAUAUAAACCUAAUAGCCACAUAAAUAAAAAAAAAAACAAAAUAGGGGUCAGGAGGACACCCAGGGGGCUGAAAGCAAAAUAUCAAAUAAAACAAAAGUAAAACAAAUAAAUAAAUUAUCUCGCUAUGGGAUCGUUGGGGUUCUUGGCAUCAAAACAUUUAAAAAACUCUGCCUUAGAUAACAUGCAUGGGUUAAAAAUUCCAAAAUAAGAACAACUUUGGAGUCUCAGUCUUUGUUUUAUGCUUACAACAUAUCACAAAGUAGAAAGAAGGACAGGCAACACUGUUAAGUGUUCCUAAGCAUAAUACUGGAACUGAAGUGUGGCAUCUGACCACUUGUAAACUCUUGAAGAAUCUCACAGGAAGGUCCUAGAAUGUGGCUUCAUUGGUCUUAAUAAAUAACACCCUUUAGACUAUUAGACACUAUUGUAGCAGGUGUGAGAUUGUGAGUAGUUAACACUCAUCACACACUUCUUCCCCGACUUAUCAGCUAUCAGGUCUUUGAGUUAAAAUAAACUGUCAGUCUGCUGGAAAACUGUUGCAAUGAUCUGUGAGAUCUAUUGUUGCUACAGAGGAAUUAGUAAUUAAGCGGAUACUGAUUUUUUUAAAGAAAGGAACCCUUUUCUGUGAAACCUUAAAGUCAAUCAAAUGUAUUGGGGUAUACAGUAUACGUAACAACACCCACUGCCCUUAGUAUUAAGCAGAUUAUGUACAGAAAGGUCACUCGCUCUUUGUUCAUGGAUAUAGUUUGUUAGAUCAUGCAAGCUGUUCCUCUCAAUCAAGUUGCUCAUACAAACUGAAAUAUUCACACCAGCCAGACACCGACCUUGACCAUGCCUAACCAAUACCCGUUAAACUGUUGAGGCCUCUAGUGGAAAGCACAGGAACAUGUUAGUGUCUAAACAUUUACUUUUAGCCAAUUGAGUCUUAGUAAUAAAUCAUAAUUCAAUUAAUAUUAGAGCAAAACACUGUCUACUGAUUCAGUUGUGUCUGCGUAAAACCAGUGUUCAAGUUGAAGAGUUCAAUAUACUCUUUAGUUCUUGAUUUGUUUAUAUUUAGUUCAAUAGACACUACACAUGAAUGUACAUUUCUUAAUGUUUCUGUUUAACAGGCAUACUGUAUAUAAACGGUGAGUGAAAUUAUUAAUUUUUUUCAUGAGCACUUGACCAUACACUCAAAACAAUUGAAUAAUACUAAUUCUUGUUGCACUCUAAUCUCUGUCUUGGCUACUACAUUUCUAAUGCAAUUGAAACUUUGCAAUGCAGCACUUUUCUUGUUACCAUCUCCUUAAGAUGAAUCGCUUAUGUUGUACCCUUCCUCAUAUUGUUAGUUGCUCUGGAUAAAAGCAUCUGCUAAACGAAUGAAUGUAAAUUCAUGAUUUGUGUGAUAACACUGUAAAUGUGAAUAAUUACAACAUCCAUUUUUGAAACUCAUUAACCAUUAAUACUUCUCAGCCUGGCAUGAAUGACAUGCAACACAACAGAAACUGCCCCCCACGUUUCCCCAUCUCACCCAACCCAUUAUUCCUAACCAAACUGGGUGAGCAGUAUGCUUUGUGUGAUGCCAACGACCAUAUUUAGAGGGACAAUUGCUCUAUAAAAGGAGACGUGGCUUGUUUUCUGUUGUGUCAUCGUUAACUUUCAACUGUGUACGGUAAGUUGUGGGGAGACUUGUUUCUUAAUAACAAACUAACCUUAUAUUCAUAGGGAUCUUUACUGGUGACAGGAUCACUGACUAAAUGGCAGAAAAGUGGAAUUGGGUUGCUUGGAACUUGAUUAUUUUACCUGUAUUGAUCUGGGAGUAUAUACUAGGUGGACAGUAGUAGAAAUGAGUCAACGGUGAUACAAUUGUUCUUUCUUUUGUGCAGAACUACAUCAUUGACCCAUCAGUCUUUAGACAAGUGAACAGCAGAGGUGAGUGGGUUUUAAUAGUUUAGAUUUAGAUUUAAAAUAAAAAAAAUGAACAUUAGUCAAAGCUUGAAUAGCAUAAUACAUCAGUUUUGAGUUUACGUGUCAAUCCGACAAGGUGAAAGAUGGGGGAUGCUGCGAUGAGGGACUUUGGACCUGCGGCUCCGUUCCUCAGGAAGUCGGAUAAGGAACGUCUGGAGGCCCAAACUCGGCUCUUUGACAUGAAGAAAGAAUGUUUCGUCCCUGAUGCUGAAGAGGAAUUCCUUAAGGCAUCUAUCAUCAGUCGCGAUGGUGAUAAAGUCACCUGUGAGACUUCUAAAGGGAAGACAGUAACUGUGAAGGAUGUUGAUGUCCACCCUCAGAACCCGCCAAAGUUCGAUAAAAUUGAGGACAUGGCGAUGUUCACCUUUCUGCACGAGCCCGCUGUGCUGUUUAACCUCAAAGAGCGUUACGCAGCCUGGAUGAUCUACACCUACUCUGGGCUCUUCUGUGUCACUGUAAACCCCUACAAGUGGCUGCCAGUGUACAACCAGGAAGUUGUCGUGGCUUACAGAGGCAAGAAGAGGAGUGAAGCUCCUCCUCACAUCUUCUCCAUCUCUGACAAUGCCUACCAGUACAUGUUGUCAGACAGAGAAAACCAGUCCAUUCUUAUCACUGGAGAAUCUGGUGCUGGAAAGACUGUGAACACCAAAAGAGUCAUUCAAUAUUUUGCCAGUAUUGCUGCUGGUGGAAUCAAAAGGGAUGCCAAUGACAAAAAGGGUACUCUGGAAGAUCAAAUCAUCCAGUGUAACCCUGCUCUAGAGGCUUUCGGUAAUGCCAAGACCAUCAGAAAUGACAACUCAUCUCGCUUUGGCAAGUUCAUCCGAAUUCACUUUGCUGCCAGUGGCAAGUUAGCAUCUGCUGAUAUUGAGACUUAUCUUCUGGAGAAGUCUCGUGUGACUUUCCAGCUCAAGGCUGAGAGAGACUACCACAUCUUCUACCAGAUCCUGUCUCAAAAGAAACCAGAACUGUUAGAGAUGCUGUUGAUCACAGCAAACCCUUAUGAUUACGCCUUCAUCUCCCAAGGAGAGACGCAAGUGGCUUCUAUUGAUGAUGCUGAUGAGCUGAUGGCUACUGAUGAAGCUUUUGAUGUGUUGGGCUUCACCCAAGAGGAGAAGAAUAGCAUCUACAAGCUGAUUGGUGCCAUCAUGCACUAUGGCAACAUGAAGUUUAAGCAGAAGCAAAGAGAGGAACAGGCCGAGGCUGAUGGGACUGAAGAUGCUGAUAAAUCAGCUUACCUGAUGGGCCUGAACUCUGCUGACCUCAUCAAGGCUCUGUGCCACCCAAGAGUCAAAGUCGGAAAUGAGUGGGUCACCAAGGGACAGAAUGUCCAGCAGGUACAAUAUGCCACUGGUGCUCUGUCAAAAUCGGUGUACGAGAAGAUGUUCCAUUGGAUGGUUGUGAGAAUCAACCAAUCCCUGGACACCAAGCAGUCACGGCAGUAUUUCAUUGGUGUACUGGACAUUGCUGGAUUUGAAAUCUUUGAUUAUAACACCUUUGAGCAGCUGUGCAUCAACUUCACUAAUGAGAAGUUGCAGCAGUUCUUCAACCACCACAUGUUUGUGCUGGAACAAGAGGAAUACAAGAAGGAGGGUAUUGAGUGGGUCUUCAUUGACUUUGGCAUGGACCUGCAGGCUUGUAUUGAUCUCAUUGAAAAGCCCAUGGGUAUCAUGUCCAUCCUUGAAGAGGAGUGCAUGUUCCCCAAAGCCAGUGAUGCCACAUUUAAAGCUAAGCUUUAUGACAACCACUUGGGUAAAUCAAACAACUUCCAGAAGCCCAGGAUUAUCAAAGGUAAACCAGAGGCCCAUUUCUCCCUAGUUCAUUAUGCUGGCAUUGUUGACUACAACAUCUAUAACUGGCUGGUGAAGAACAAGGAUCCUCUCAAUGAGACUGUUGUGGGCCUGUAUCAGAAAUCCACCAUGAAACUGCUUUCUAUCCUGUUUGCAAACUAUGCAAGUGCUGAUUCAGCGGAGGGUGGAGGAGGUGGCAAAACUGGGAAGGAGAGGAAGAAAAAAGGUUCUUCUUUCCAGACUGUGUCUGCCCUUCACAGGGAGAAUCUGAACAAGCUGAUGACCAAUUUGAGGUCAACUCACCCUCACUUUGUGCGCUGCAUCAUUCCCAAUGAGACCAAGACUCCUGGGGCGAUGGAGAAUCCUCUGGUCAUGCACCAGCUGCGCUGUAACGGUGUACUGGAGGGCAUCAGAAUCUGCAGAAAGGGCUUCCCCAACAGGAUUCUGUAUGGAGAUUUCAAGCAGAGAUAUCGUAUACUGAAUCCUGCUGCAAUCCCAGACGGUCAGUUUAUUGACAGCAGGAAAGGAGCUGAGAAGUUACUGGGCUCUUUGGAUAUUGACCACAACCAGUACAAGUUUGGGCAUACUAAGGUGUUCUUUAAGGCUGGUCUGUUGGGUACUCUUGAAGAGAUGCGAGAUGACCGUCUCGCUCUCAUCAUCACAAAUAUUCAGGCUCGAGCUCGUGGUCUUCUUUCAAGAAAUGAAUUCCAAAAGAUUGUUGAGCGCAGAGAUGCAUUGCUGGUGAUCCAGUGGAAUGUACGUGCCUUCAUGAGUGUCAAGAAUUGGCCCUGGAUGAAGCUCUACUUCAAGAUCAAACCAUUGCUAAGAUCCGCUGAAGCAGAGAAAGAGAUGGCAAACAUGAAGGAAGAAUUCCUCAAGUUAAAGGAAGCUUAUGCCAAAUCUGAAGCACGCAGAAAGGAGCUUGAAGAAAAGAUGGUUUCUGUUCUUCAAGAGAAGAAUGACCUGCAACUCCAAGUCCAAGCUGAGCAAGAUAAUCUUUGCGACGCUGAGGAGAGAUGUGAAGGUCUGAUCAAGAACAAGAUCCAGCUUGAGGCCAAAGCCAAAGAGUUGACCGAGCGACUGGAGGAUGAAGAGGAAAUGAAUGCCGAGCUGACAGCAAAGAAGAGAAAGCUGGAGGAUGAAUGUUCUGAGCUCAAGAAAGACAUCGAUGAUCUCGAGCUCACUCUGGCCAAAGUGGAGAAAGAGAAACAUGCCACUGAGAACAAGGUUAAAAACCUGAUAGAGGAAAUGGCAGCUUUGGAUGAAAUUAUUGCCAAGCUGACCAAGGAGAAGAAAGCUCUACAGGAGGCUCAUCAGCAAACGCUGGAUGACCUCCAGAGUGAGGAAGACAAAGUCAACACACUCACCAAAGCCAAAGCCAAGCUGGAGCAACAAGUGGAUGAUCUUGAGGGUUCGCUGGAACAGGAAAAGAAGCUUCGGAUGGAUCUAGAGAGGAUAAAGAGGAAGCUCGAGGGAGACUUAAAGCUGACCCAAGAGAGUGUGAUGGACCUAGAAAAUUACAAACAACAGCUGGAAGAGAGGCUUAAAAAGAAAGAUUUUGAGAUCAGCCAGCUCAAUAGCAAGAUUGAAGAUGAGCAGAUCAUGGCAGCCCAGCUCCAGAAGAAACUGAAGGAGCUGCAGGCUCGAAUUGAAGAGCUCGAGGAAGAGCUGGAGGCUGAGAGAGCUGCUCGUGCCAAAGUUGAAAAGCAGAGGGCAGAUCUGUCCAGAGAACUGGAGGAGAUCAGUGAGAGGUUGGAGGAGGCUGGUGGUGCCACUGCUGUCCAGAUUGAGAUGAACAAGAAACGUGAAGCCGAGUUCCAGAAACUGCGCAGAGACCUUGAAGAGGCCACUCUGCAGCAUGAGGCCACUGCUAUUACACUGAGGAAGAAACAUGCAGACAGUGUGGUUGAUCUGGGAGAGCAGAUUGACAACCUUCAGAGAGUGAAGCAGAAGCUUGAGAAAGAGAAGAGUGAACUCAGACUGGAACUGGAUGAUGUGGUCUCAAACAUGGAACAGCUUGCCAAAGGCAAGGCAAACCUUGAGAAACUGUGCAGGACCCUUGAAGACCAGAUGUCUGAAUAUAGAACAAAAUUUGAGGAGGGACAACGUAGUAUCAAUGACUUUACCAUGAAAAAAGCUAGGCUGGAAACUGAGAAUGGUGAGCAGGCUAGACAGCUUGAAGAGAAGGAUUCCUUAGUCUCUCAACUAACCAGGAGUAAACAGUCUUAUAUCCAGCAGAUUGAAGACCUCAAGAGGCAACUUGAAGAGGAAGUCAAGGCUAAGAAUGCCCUGGCCCAUGCAGUUCAGUCUGCUCGUCAUGAUUCUGAUCUGCUGAGGGAGCAGUAUGAGGAGGAGCAGGAAGCCAAAUCUGAGCUGCAGCGUAGUCUCUCCAAAGCAAACUCUGAGGUGGCUCAGUGGAGAACCAAGUAUGAAACUGAUGCCAUUCAGAGGACUGAAGAGCUGGAGGAAGCUAAGAAGAAACUUGUUCAGCGUUUACAAGAUGCAGAAGAAGCUGUGGAAGCGGUCAAUGCUAAAUGCUCCUCUCUGGAGAAGACCAAGCACAGACUGCAGAAUGAGAUUGAAGAUCUCAUGGUUGAUGUGGAGAGAUCCAAUGCUUCUGCUGCUGCUCUGGACAAGAAGCAAAGAAACUUUGACAAGGUCCUAGCUGAAUGGAAGCAGAAAUAUGAGGAGUCUCAGAGUGAGCUGGAAAGUUCCCAGAAGGAAACCAGAUCUCUGAGCACUGAACUAUUUAAACUGAAGAACUCUUACGAGGAAUCUCUGGAUCAUUUGGAGACCAUGAAGAGAGAAAACAAGAACCUCCAAGAGGAGAUUUCUGAUCUCACUGAGCAAAUUGGAGAGAGUGGAAAGAACAUUCAUGAACUAGAGAAAGCUCGUAAGCAGUUGGAGCAGGAAAAGUCUGAAAUUCAAGCUGCUCUGGAGGAGGCUGAGGGCUCUCUCGAGCAUGAAGAAGGAAAGAUCCUCAGAGCUCAACUGGAGUUCAACCAGAUCAAAGCUGACAUUGAACGUAAGCUGGCUGAGAAAGAUGAGGAGAUGGAGCAGACCAAGAGGAACCAGCAGAGAACGAUUGAUACCCUUCAGAGCUCACUUGAGUCAGAGACUCGCAGCAGGAAUGAAGCCCUCAGACUGAAGAAGAAGAUGGAGGGAGACCUCAAUGAGAUGGAGAUUCAGCUCAGCCAGGCUAACAGGCAGGCAUCAGAAGCCCAGAAACAACUCAAGGGUCUUCAAGGACAUCUCAAAGAUGCCCAACUGCAGCUGGAUGAUGCUCUUCAUGGUAAUGCUGAUCUGAAAGAGAACAUCGCCAUUGUGGAGAGACGCAACAAUCUGUUGCAGGCUGAAUUGGAUGAGUUGAGAUCCCUGGUGGAACAGACUGAGAGAGGAAGGAAACUGGCUGAGCAGGAACUGCUGGACGUCAGUGAGAGGGUUCAGCUGCUGCACUCUCAGAACACCAGCCUGCUGAAUCAGAAGAAGAAGCUGGAGGGAGAUAAUUCUCAGCUCCAGACUGAGGUUGAGGAGGCCGUGCAGGAGUGCAGGAAUGCUGAGGAAAAAGCCAAGAAGGCCAUCACUGAUGCUGCCAUGAUGGCAGAGGAGCUGAAGAAGGAGCAGGACACCAGUGCUCAUCUGGAGCGCAUGAAGAAGAACAUGGAGCAGACUAUCAAGGAACUGCAGCACCGUCUUGAUGAAGCUGAGCAGAUCGCCAUGAAGGGAGGCAAGAAGCAGAUCCAGAAACUGGAAGCCAGGGUGAGAGAGCUGGAAAAUGAGGUGGAGAUAGAACAGCGAAAGGCGAGUGAGUCUGUGAAAGGAAUCCGUAAAUAUGAGAGACGCAUCAAGGAGCUCACCUACCAGACUGAGGAGGAUCGUAAGAAUCUGGCCCGUCUGCAGGAUCUGGUGGACAAACUUCAGCUGAAGGUCAAGUCCUACAAGAGAACAGCUGAGGAGGCGGAGGAACAGGCAAAUUCUAAUCUGGCCAAGUUCCGAAAACUGCAGCAUGAGAUGGAUGAAGCAGAAGAAAGAGCCGAUAUUGCUGAAUCUCAAGUCAACAAACUGAGAGCCAAGAGCCGUGAUAUUGGAUCCAAGAAAGGGCACGAUGAAGAGUGAAGCUCUCAUUUGAAUCUUUCUGAAAGACUUUCUCGUGUGACUUCUUUUUUUUUCAUCCCCUAUUCUCCCCAAUUUUAGAAUGCCCAAUUCCCACUACUAAGUAAGUUCUCGUGGUGGCGUGGUUACCUCAAUCCGGGUGGUGGAGGACAAGUCUCAAUUGCCUCCGCUUCUGAGACUGUCAAUCCACGCAUCUUAUCACGUGACUCGUUGUGCAUGACACCAUGGAGACUUACAGCAUGUGGAGGCUCAUGCUACUCUCCACGAUCCAUGCACAACUUACCACGUGCCCCAUUGAGAGCGAGAACCACUAAUCGUGACCACAAGGAGGUUACCCCAUGUGACUCUACCCUCCCUAGCAACCAGGCCAAUUUGGUUGCUUAGGAGACCUGGCUGGAGUCACUCAGCACACCCUGGAUUAGAACUCGUGACUCCAGGGGUGGUAGUCAGCGUCAAUACUCACUGAGCUACCUAGGCCCCCCUCUCAUGUGAAUUCUUGACAUCAUUACCUGUAGUUCUGUAGAAUAAAGUGUGCAAAUUAAACUUUUCCUGUGGUCUUUGUCAUAUUUGAAUAUGUUUCACUAUUUUACAGCGAGUUAUUUGAUAGACA